AUGAAAGUACUUUUCCCUGUAAAAUCUGCCAAGGCCAACACAAUUCCGCCCUUUUACCUGCUGAAAUUCUUGCAUAGCUUGAGCAAACGAAGUUGUUCAGUUACUUUACCAGCAUCAGAACCACAGACACCACCAACAGCCCAUCUUUCUCCAGAUGAUCUCAACAAUCUCCUUAAUAAAGCAACUCAAGCAAAAAGUAUCAGACAUGCCACCCAAAUCCACACCCAACUCAUCAUCCAAGACUACAUUUUUCUCCCUUUCCUCUUCAACAGUCUCCUCAACUUGUAUGCUAAAUGUGGCCACCUCAACCAAGCACUUGCAUUCUUCAACGCUCCAACGGUGCAAGCAAGAAGAACCCUUAAUUUUGAGCACAAGAAUGUAGUCACUUGGACAUCUGUUAUUACUCAACUGUCACAUUACCACAAGCCCUUUAAAGCUCUCACCUUUUUCAAUGAUAUGAGGAGGACCGGUGUUUACCCGAACCACUUCACCUUUUCUGCUCUUUUGCCAGCUUGUGCUGAUAGUUUGAUAAUUUUUCAUGGACAUCAGAUUCAUUGUUUGAUUCGUAAACAUGGGUUCGAGAGUGAUUUGUUUGUGGGUAGUGCUUUGUUGAAUAUGUAUGCGAAAUGUGGUGAUGUUAUGUUAGCGAAGACGGUGUUUGAUGAAAUGCCUGAAAGAAAUAUUGUUUCUUGGAAUUCUAUGAUCGUCGGGUGCUUGCAAAACAGCCUUCAUAAUGAGGCUUUUGGGGUUUUUGUAGAAGUUCUUCGUGAGGGGUCCUUGGUUCCUGAUCAAGUGAGUAUUUCUGGUGUUUUAAGUGCUUGUGCUAAUAUGGGUGCUGGUUUGAAUGGUGGGAGACAAGUUCACGGAGUUGUUGUGAAACAUAGGUUGGUUUCUUUAGCCUAUGUGAGGAACUCUUUAAUGGACAUGUAUUUCAAGUGUGGGUGCUUUGAUGAUGGUUUUAAGUUGUGUGGCGCUUUAGAGGACAGAGAUGUUGUUACAUGGAAUAUAAUGAUCAUGGGGUGUGUUGAGAAUGACAACUUUGAGGAGGCUUGCAACCACUUUUGGGUGAUGAGGCGCGAAGGAGUUUCACCUGAUGAGGCAUCAUUUUCCUCUGUACUUCAUGCUGCUGCUUGUAUUGCAGCACUGGAUCAGGGUACUUUGAUACAUAGUCAGAUGGUAAAGGCUGGCUUUGACAGAAAUACAUGUGUUGCGAGCUCAUUGAUAACUUUGUAUGCUAAAUGUGGAAGCUUGGCUGAUUCUCAACGGGUUUUUAACCAGUGCGAGGAAAAUAAUGUGGUAUCUUGGACGGCAAUAAUAUCGGCAUACCAGCAACAUGGCUGUGCAAGCCAAGUAAUAACUUUGUUUGAAGACAUGCUGCGCAAGGGGAUUAAACCUGAUUAUAUAACCUUUGUAUGUCUCUUAUCAGCUUGUAGUCAUAGCGGGCUCAUUGAUGAAGGAUUUUCUUACUUCCAUUCAAUGACACAGAGGCACGAUAUGAAACCCGGCCACGAACACUAUGCCUGCAUGGUUGACAUGCUUAGUCGUGCGGGUCGAUUGCAAGAAGCCAAGAAAUUUGUGGAAACAAUGCCAAUUCAGGCUGAUGCAUCUAUCUGGGGGGCUUUGCUUGGAGCUUGUAGGAAUUAUGGAAAUCUUGAGAUGGGUAGAGUAGUUGCAGAGAAGCUUUUCAAAAUUGAGCCAGAUAACCCAGGAAAUUAUGUGCUUCUUUCGGACAUGUAUUCACGUCGUGGGAAACUAGAAGAAGCAGAUGAAAUUAGGAGGUUAAUGGGUGUCAACAGGGUUAAAAAAGAGCCUGGUUGUAGUUGGCUUGACAUUAAGAACACCACCUAUGUCUUCAAAGUUCAUGACAGGUCACACUCUAGAACCCAUGAAAUCUAUAAGAUGCUGGAGAAGAUGGAGGAGAUGGUAAAGCAGAAAGGCUAUGACGGUGAAACAGGAAGAAAAGAUGGCGUGGACGGACACAAGAGCUCAUGGUAUCAUAGUGAAAGACUUGCCCUAGCAUUUGGACUCCUGACUGUUCCUUUAGGAGCUCCCAUUAGAAUAAAGAAGAAUCUUAGGACUUGUAAUGAUUGCCAUACAGUCAUGAAGUUUGCUUCAGAGAUUUUCAACAGAGAAAUAAUUGUUAGGGAUAUAAAUCGAUUUCAUAGGUUCACCAAUGGUUUAUGUUCAUGUGGUGAUUACUGGUGA